AGAGAAAACACCAACUACAAGUGUCAUAGUUCCUCCAUCAAAUAAAUCACCUCAAGUUGAUUUAUCACCAAACGUCGAACUUCCAAUAAACACAAUAAUCAUGAUCACAAUCAUAUCGACCAAUGAUCAAUUGAAUCCAACUGAGGUAUGUAAACCUUAA